UUCGUGCAUGUAGCCUUCGCCCCCCUCCAUGCGACCGUAGUAUGAUACCUCUUUUCAAUGUUUACCAUCGCGAUGACAGGCACCAAACAGUCGUUUUCAGUUCUUGGAGCACGUCACUAGGACUCUUGCGACCGUGUGGUGAGCGUGGACAAGUUUAUGUGUAAAUUUUGUGAAGGAACGAACGUGUGUGUGCACGAUAAUUUAUCAAACGAAAAGCUGUAACAUUCUACGGUUGUUAGAAGUGGAAUUUCCAUCCUACUGGCUCAGUUCAAUUAUUUUUGAUAUACUCCAGUUCAUGAGAAUACCGACCAAAUUUACAUAUCGAUAAUAAAUCGAUAUUGCCUCAAACUUAAACAGUGUAGUUAUUUUCUACAUUCACUGCCCCCUGCUGCCUACAUCAAAAUGACAACCAUGGUAGAACUUGAAAGCUGGUUAAUCUACCAGUGCAUCGCCACCGAAUGCAGCAACUGUCUCUGUAUUUUUUCUGUUGGUCCCAAUUUUUAAAUAAGCCGCCAAUGUUGGAUUCAGUUAUGACCGAAAGCGCAUUCAAAGCGCGAGAUAUUGGCCUAAGGGCCCAAAAGAAAAUAUUAUCUCGCAUGGCUGGAAAGAAUGUCGCCAGAGCCUUCAUAGACGACACAACGGCCUCACUUCUGGAUAACUUAUACCGUCUCGCCAAGCAAUAUUCGAACAACAAAAAAGAAGCAGAAAAAAUCGUAAAGAACAUAAUAAAAGUGGUGAUCAAACUAGGCGUACUGCAUCGCAAUAACCUUCUCACCGAAGAAGAACUGCGCCAGGCCGAGAAAUUCAAGGCGAAGUUCCGUAUCGCCGGGAUGGCGGUGAUCUCCUUCUACGAGGUGGACUUCAGUUACGACCGCAAUUACAUAACGUCAGCGCUGAACGAAUCACACAAGUGCCUACAGUACAUCGUUUCCAAUCAUCUGACCGACAAGUCGCUGGCGAGGACUGACAGUGUUUUUCAGUUUUUCACAAAUGAACAGUUCCUGGACGCACUUUUCAAAAGGGACUCCGAGUAUAGGGAGGCCUUGGGUAGGUUGGUGGGAGAUCUAAAUAAGGCCAUAGAAAACGGCGACUUGUAACUGUUGUUUGUGUGAAAAAAAUCUUUAUUGUCUGAUGCCCCUGUUCAUAUGUAUGGUCUGUUGUCUCGGUUGAAGUCGAGCCAAAAUUCAGAAUUAUUAUGCACCAAAAAAUAUAUACUUAAUUAAAUGUGUGCAAAAGAUCUGAAUUUUGACAAAACUUCGACUUAGAUUGUAGAGCAUACGGUAUUUCUGUGAUUCGUAUAGGUCAAAUUUAGUUUGAUGUUAAGUGGUUAUGUUCGUGGUUAAUGUAUUCAAUCGAUGGUUAUUUCUACAUAGCUAAAUGGUUCUAAAACUUGUACUUAACUUUUAAUUGGAAUGUUAAUACGGCGACUCUUUUAGUGAGUGUCGUCGGUCUAAAUGUGGAAACGGAUAAUUUUGAAUCACGAUCAACUCAUUUAAACUAUGUAUUAGUCAAGUUGAUCUACAUUCAAUGUUUGUCAAAUAUGUAUGUAGAAAACGAUAGUAACGUGUUUAUUACUUUAAAUUGUCUGCUCAAAAUUUUCGCAGGACAUGUGUAUGUAAUAACAUUACAUAUCUAUUUAUUUAUUAUGAAUUCUAAUUUGGAUUUUCUUAUAACUAACUAGAUAUUAGAGAUAUUCAUAUUUUUGCACCAAAACACUUCAAUAAAUUUAAGAAACGGUGUAAAUAUAUUUAAACAUCCGCACUUGAUUUACAACAAUAUGAGGUAUUUAAUCUUUAUGGUAUUAUUUCCGAAUAACGAUAUUUAAUAAACUGGUAUUACAUAUCUAAACUUAAGUUAUUCAUAAUCAGAUUUAUUAAUCUGAAUUUUAUAUUAAACUAUCUAUGUACGUAUUUAUUAACAUAAUUUGUCUAUUAUCCAUCUGUUAAGACAAUAAACUAUUAUUUAAAAGUAAGGUGUAUAAAAUGUUUCUGAAACACAUAAUUUUUGCUAGUCAUAAGAGUCAUUAUACUUUUUAAGCUAAUUUUCCAAUAGUUUUUUACUGGGAGUAUAAUUUAACUAAUAUUGCUUCUGUUGUUAUAAAUGCAAAGUUUAAGAUUGAAGUAUUUCUUGUCAUUUUUAUCUGACCGAUUAAACAUUUCCUUGAGGUUGUUCAGAGUAUAAUAUGUAUAAACUUUGUAUUUGCGUUAUAUCUGGAACUUAAUUUUUCUUAAUAAACUGAACUGAACUUUAUUUUAGAAAAUCGACUAAUAAAAUUCUUUAGGGAUAAGAAGGAUAGUGAGAAGGUGUACAUAAUUCGAGUCCGAUAAAAUUCCAUUAAGCGACCAAAAAGUAACGAUUUAAAGUAGUCGUGAAACGACUAUGAAAUGCUUGCCACGUCUGAAAAGAUGAUCGCCUAAAUACUAGAGUAGCUGUACUUGCCCACAUUUUAAUGGACACAAUAUAUUGUUAGCAAUACUUUAAUUCAUGCGACAAGCACAAAUGAACCAAAUAAAAAAUAUAUCUGAUAUAUUUUCGUUAUUAUUAAACAAAUAUCAUUUUACAAAAUCAUAAAACCUCCUAUAUGUAAGUAGAUCUCAGUAGAAUGGUAAAAAAAUAAGGUGGAUGAUGUUUUUAAUGUUUUAUGUAUUUGUUUGUAUACAUGAUAUGUUAUAAUAAAUAUAAA